CUCUAUAAUCUCUCAAGAUUUCCUAACCUCUUCUCCUCUUCCUCUCAUCCGACCUCAGUUUAUCGACUUCGUCGAGGGACAUUAUGCUCCAUCAGAAUUCGGUCGUGUCUGAUGCACUCGCCACAGCCGUGUCCGGCGGCAUCAUUCUCUCGAUUCUCCUGUUGUUUGAAGAAACAGCUAAGCGAGGCCUCUUUGACCAGAAACUUAAUAGGAAACUUGUGCAUGUAAGCGUAGGAUUAGUCUUCAUGCUUUGCUGGCCACUGUUUAGUUCCGGGCAUCAAGGUGCACUGUUAGCUGCUACAAUUCCAGGGGUUAACAUCAUACGCAUGCUUCUUGUGGGAUCGGGCAUUUGGAAAGAUGAGGCGACGGUGAAGUCUAUGAGUAGAUUCGGGCACCACAGAGAACUUCUUGAAGGGCCGCUAUACUAUGUUCUCACAGUUACAUUCGCCUGCGCGUAUUGCUGGAGGACUUCGCCAGUGGCAAUUGCAGCAAUAUGCAACCUGUGUGCUGGAGAUGGUUUUGCAGACAUUAUCGGAAGGCGGCUUGGCCGACAUAAAAUUCCUUACAACCGUAACAAAUCGUUUGCUGGUAGCAUCGCAAUGGGCUCAGCUGGGUUUUUAGCGUCUCUCGGGUUUAUGUCCUAUUUUUCUUCAUUUGGUUAUAUCCGAGGAAGCUGGGAGAUGGCUUGGGGUUUCUUGACGGUCUCUCUUGCUUCUGCACUGGUGGAAUCACAUCCUCUCAGUUCUCAGAUUGACGACAAUCUCACAGUUCCCCUAACUUGUGCAUUGGUGGGGAGCCUUGUCUUUUAGGAAGUUAACCUUCAAUAUGACCGUUUCUUUUCAGGAAAAAUAAAGCAUUUGAAAAUUGAACGGAAGCG